UCCUCCUCCGUUAAGGCUUUGGCGCGGGCGGGUACGAUGCGCAGACUCGGUCCUUGGCUAAAGAUGGCGACGGCGGGUGAUAAACAGAAGCACGAGCACGGGCGGGUGAAGAUUGGACAUUACAUCCUAGGCGACACGCUCGGAGUCGGCACGUUCGGCAAAGUCAAGGUUGGCAAACAUGAGUUAACUGGGCAUAAAGUUGCAGUGAAGAUCCUGAAUCGACAGAAGAUUCGCAGCCUUGAUGUUGUAGGAAAAAUCCGCAGGGAGAUUCAGAACCUCAAGCUCUUCAGACAUCCUCAUAUAAUUAAGCUGUACCAGGUCAUCAGUACGCCAACUGAUAUUUUCAUGGUGAUGGAAUAUGUUUCAGGAGGAGAACUGUUUGAUUAUAUCUGUAAAAAUGGAAGGCUGGAUGAGAAGGAAAGUAGACGUUUGUUCCAGCAAAUACUUUCUGGCGUGGACUACUGUCACAGGCAUAUGGUAGUACAUAGAGACCUGAAGCCUGAAAAUGUGCUGCUUGAUGCCCACAUGAAUGCCAAGAUAGCUGACUUUGGUCUAUCAAAUAUGAUGUCAGAUGGAGAAUUUUUGAGAACAAGCUGUGGUUCCCCUAACUAUGCUGCGCCAGAAGUAAUUUCAGGAAGAUUAUAUGCAGGUCCAGAAGUAGAUAUUUGGAGCAGUGGGGUUAUUCUCUAUGCUUUGUUAUGUGGAACGCUUCCAUUUGAUGAUGAUCAUGUGCCAACCCUUUUUAAGAAGAUAUGUGAUGGUAUCUUUUAUACCCCUCAGUAUCUGAAUCCGUCUGUAAUCAGUCUUUUGAAGCACAUGCUGCAAGUGGAUCCAAUGAAGAGAGCAACAGUCAGAGACAUAAGGUAA